UUCGUUUUCUUUGUUGGUUAGAAUCUUGCGCGUUUUUAUAUAUCCAUUCCAGCUCUAGUUGUUGCCCGUGAAGGAUGCCUUCUGCCGCUAAUCCAAAGCUAGAAAAACAGGCCUCCACGGAGGUUGUUGAUAACACACCCAUCAGACAAGCUAUAGUAGUUAUAGAACACAAAAUAAGGAAUUUGGAAAAACGAAAGGGUAAAUUAGAAGGUUAUCGAGAUCUACAGAAAUCUGGUAAAGAACUCAAUGCAGAUCAGAAAGUUGCAGUGGCCAAGUAUGAUGAAGUCAUUAAUACUAUUGAAUUUGCUCGAGAAUUAAUCAAGAGCUUCAAUGUAAUUUCGACUUCAUCUGAAAAAGAAGCAAAAAAAUUAGCCAGGAAGGAAACUUUGCAACGGGUACAACAAAAUUUGCAAAAUAUCCGAGAGGUUCUUCUUAUCCAGGAUAUUUUGUCGGAGCUUGGGGCAGACGAAGUACGGAGUCAAUUUUUGGCUGGUGAAAAUGGCGCGAUUCAAUUAUCGGAGGAAGAUUUUACCUUAUUAGACAAGCUUUAUGAAGAAAUUACACCUAAACGUGAAGAUUCUGAAGAGUCUUUCAAUGUUUUAUUACAACGAAGCUCAGAACAUAUGUUGGCCAUUAUUGAAGGAAAACCCAAAGAAGCUUUUGGCAGAACAUAUACAAGUAUUCGAGAUUUGUUGAAAAGUAUAGCAAGUUGUGAAUAUUUUGCUCAGAGCAAAACUGAAGUUGUUAAUGACACUGCAGUUCCUGAGGAAGCCGACAACACGGAUAUUGAUAAUGUUGUUGAAACCGACACUUCUGAAUCUCCUCAACUUAUUGCUGACUCUGAUCUUGGAAAUCAACUCGUCUCAGUUGAAGCUGCCGAAGAGUCGCAUGUUCAUCAAAAUCUUAUUCCACAGCAAACUGCUUCCCUUCCACAUCAAGUGAAUAUCUCGUCACGGCCUGCUGUAAAUGCUGAAGCACCUGCUCCCAAUGCUGUUCCUACACCAGCAUUCCCUCCACCUCAACAUCAACAAAUGGCACCUGCUUUGCAAACACUACCAACACAGGUGAUUCCUCAAGUACCUCCAGGAAUUGUUCCAGUAGUUGCUGCACAGCCUCUAUCUGUUCCUAAUGCAGCGCUGCCUCACCUACCAACGGUACAAUCUGUUGAACAUGCUUACUUUGCACAACAACAAUACAUGCAACAGCAGCAGCAGCAGCAGCAACAGAGGCCAAUCACAGAUAUGAUUCAAUCGAAUGCUGGGUUUUAUUUCCUUCAAGAAUCUGAAUUGGAUUCUCCUGAAGUAACAGCACCUGUUUCUGGACAACCUCCACUGAUAACACCAGGUGCACCCAGAAACACACCACCACCUUCUGGACACUCAGCGGUAUCAGCGCCUCAGCCUGGUCCUAUACCAACCCAAACAUUCACAAGUCAGACAUUCCCAGGAGUUCCACCAAUGCCAAAUGUUGCCACUCCGAUGUUUCCAACUCACCCAGUACCAACUCCUACUCAAGUGCCUGUGCCAGAAAUGAACCAGCAGCACAUUCCAGGAUUCACAAAUCCCAAUAUGCCAAUACCGAUGCCUCAACAAUCACAGUCAAUCAGUCAACAACCUGUGUCUGUUUCUCAGCCUUUACCAUCAAGUGUCGUCCAGACACAGCAAUUCACAAGUCAACCUGUGAGUGUACCAUUCCCUGUUUCACAAACACAAACUGCAACGCAAGUUAUCUCAAAUUCUUCUAAGGUUAUAAUGCAGUCUAAACCUGAAGAAGAAAAAAUACCUUCUGGGGAUGUUCCUGAAAAGACUGAUUGGUGUGAGUCAGAACCUGAACCUGUUGCAAACAUCACAACAAAUGCAUGGCACCAAAGGCAACAAAAUCAAAAGCAGCAUUCCUCAGGCCAUGAUUCCACGCCAGAUGGUAGUAAUGUGGACUGGUCAAAUGAUGCUGCUGCACAGGAAACCUGGUCAGGUCAAGGAGAUGGAUACAACAGAGGUGGAUUCAGAGGACGUGGAGCAAGAAUAGGAAACCGAGGUGGCAAUACUUUCAGGGGUCGUGGAGGAAAUGCAUCUGGCAACAAUUACAGAGAGCAAAAUGGCAGUUCGGGAAGGCCUAAUUCUGGCAACACAUAUUAUAGAAAUAAUGAUCAACAAAGUAAUUACUAUCAAAAUCAAAAUGGUGGCAGUAGCAAUUACAACAGAGAUAACCAAGGCUAUCAAGGAGGUUAUGUAUAUCGUGGUCGUGGCAGGGGUGCCCCGAGAGGAAGUGCAAAUGCCUCAAGACCCGGACAAAGAACGACUGGUCAACCAGGUAUGAUAAACAGUCGUGGAAGCAGGGGUGGCAAUAAUAACCCACAGCAUAUUCGUAGAGAAAACACAGCAACUGCUAAACAAUAAAUUCACAUACAAUUACUGUUACAAAGGCCUUAGAUUAAUAUAGAAAUACAAGAAAAGGAUGUUGACACCCAUUUUAUUACUGACGUGUAUGCCACUAUGAUUUAAAAGCGGUGCUGUAUACUUGUGAUUUCUGCUAUUUUUACAAAGAUGUAAAGAUUUAGUAUUUAGUUAGGUGUUAAUUGACACCAAGUUUUCGAAUAAGGUUUUAGUUACCCAUUAAUUUAUUAAAUAAGAUUUCCUAUAUUAAUUACUACUCUAGUUCAAGUUUCAUUUUGGAAGUUAUUGUCUUCUAAGGUAAAUUU